GGUAUUUGCGGAAGACCUUACGAGACUUCGGUUCCUCACAUGACAUGUCCCGGAUCUUACGUGCAAAAGACGUACUUAUAUAUAUGAAGGAGCCUCGUCUCAACCACAGAGGUUGGACAUAUCGCACCACAACACUCACCGUCGUACGAUCACAUACACUUCAAGUUCUCAAAUAACAACUAUUCCAUCAUGAUGCUCGCAGCCCGUCUUACGUCCCUAUCUAAACCAACCCGCUCCAAUAUCUCAUCUUUUACCCGAAAACUGUCCUCCCAUGAAGCUGUCAUUGUUGCUGCGUCGCGCACGCCUGUCGGAUCCCUAUAUGGAGCACUCAAGACUUUGACUGCACCCCAACUCGGCGCUGUUGCCCUCAAGCAUGCUUUUGAGCAGUCGAAAGUUGAUCCCGCAGUCGUCGAGGAAAUUUACUUCGGCAAUGUCGUUCAAGCUGGUGUCGGUCAAUCACCCGCACGUCAAGUAGCACUUGCUGCCGGCAUGAAAACUGCAUCUGACGCUACGACCAUCAACAAAGUUUGUGCUAGUGGUAUGAAGACAAUUAUGAUUGCUGCCCAAAGCAUAGAGUGUGGUUACAAGAACGUGAUUGCCGCUGGCGGUAUGGAGAGCAUGAGCAACGCUCCUUUCCUACUUCCCCGAACGAACCCAUUGUUCGGCAAAUUCGAGACCAAGGACUCUCUUGAGAAUGACGGUCUCUGGGAUGUCUACAGCAACUUCGCCAUGGGUAAUUGUGGUGAAAUCUCUGCAGAUAAGUACGACAUUAGCCGUGUCUCACUUGACAAGCACGCAAUCGACUCGUACAAACGCGCUGAUCGUGCGUGGAAAGAGGGCGUCUUCAAUGCUGAGAUAGCGCCCGUUACCAUCAAGGGCAAGAAGGGUGACAUCAUUAUUAAGGAAGAUGAAGAGUAUAAGAAAGUUAUUUUUGAGAAGGCGGACGGAUCACCGCUGCCAACUCUUCAAAUCUUAACUGAUGGUGCCUCUGCCCUGAUAUUAAUGUCUGCAGAGAAAGCAAAGGAGCUUGGCGUGAAACCUCUCGCCAAGGUCAUUUCAUAUGCGGAUGCGGGUGUUGAGCCCGUCGACUUCCCCAUGGCUCCUACUGUUGCUCUCCCGGAAGCACUAAAGAAAGCGAACUUAACUGUCGACGACAUUGCACGUUUCGAGAUUAAUGAGGCCUUCUCGGUUGUUGUCCGUAUCGCCGAAAAGCUCCUGCAAAUUGACCCUGCAAAAGUUAACGUUGAUGGUGGCGCUGUUGCUCUUGGCCAUGCGAUCGGAAGCUCGGGUUCUCGCAUCGUGGUAUCCCUGGUUCACGCCUUAAAGUCUGGGGAAUAUGGUGCAGCAGGCAUCUGCAACGGGGGUGGGGCAGCUUCAGCCAUCGUGAUUCAGAAACUAUAGUCGCUUUGCUUUACUUGUUCCAGAAUUAUCUUACGAACAUUCUUACCGUACACUCAUUAUACUCUAUUUUUCUCUCUCUAGAAACCAUCAAUCUCUAUGCGGCAUUCGUGAGAAGCUCCUGAAUAAAUUGGUCUCGCCGGCUUGCCGUGAGUGUGUU